AUGUCUUUGGUUUUGCGUUUUGUUGACGAGGAGUUCAACAUAAGAGAAGAAUUUUUUCGUUUCAUUCAUUGUAGUGAGGAUAUGUCUGGGAAGGACCUUGCAUCUGUGAUUUUGAAAUGUUUAAACGAAGAGUUGAAUUUGAACAUUCAGGACUGUCGUGGGCAGGGGUAUGAUGGCACAGGUGCUGUUGCUGGAUGCAUUAAUGGUCUUGCUGCAAGGAUUAAGAAUUUGAAUGAGAAAGCCAUUUACACACAUUGUUUCAGUCACAGAUUAAAUCUUAUUAUUUUUGGGACUUGUGCUGUUCAGUAUGUAAGAAACGUUUUGGAACAUGUGAAGGAAGUUGCUAACUUUUUCAACUCUUCCCAAUGCAGACAACUAAUUUUGGCGAAAUGCAUUGGAGAACGCUGUCCAGAUUCUGAAAAAAAGAGAUUGAAAAGUGCUUGUAAAACAAGAGGGGUCGAGCGUAUUACUAGCUUAGAUACUUUUGAAGAACUCUAUGUUGCUAUUGUUUUUUCCUUGGAAGAAAUGAGUUUUAACGUCGAAGUUACUCAGUUACUUCAGUCUUCUAGUAAUGAUAUUGCUGACGGUUUUAACUUGAUUGAGGCAUUAAAAAAAUUGUCGAGAACUGUAAGAAAUGAAGUCGAUGUUUAUCAUGCUAACUGGUACAGUAUUGCAUUGACGAUGGCAGAAAAGAAAACAAUUACCAUUCUUUUAGCUGAUUACUUGUGUUCUGAGUUAGAAAAAAGAAAAAUUUAUUCAUUUUCUUCUUUGUUCUUGGAUGAUCUUCCAAAUCCAAAGGCUUUAGAUAGUGAACUUGAUCUCUGGCAGAAAUAUUGGGAAUCGUCUUCUACAACUUGUCUUCCUGAAAAUGUCUCUUCUACUUUAAAGUCGGUAAAUUUUCCAGGUUUUGAGAACAUAAAAGUAUUGUUAAAGAUCUUAGGUACUAUUCCAGUCACUUCUUGUGAGUGUGAGAGGUCGUUCUCGGCUUUGCGAAGAUUAAAGAACUAUACAAGAAGUACUAUGGCUGCUGACAGGUUAAAUGGUCUUGCUUUAUUGUAUAUUCAUCAGGACAUUAAUCCAGAUAAAGAAAAGAUUAUAGAUCUUUUUGCAAAAGACAAAAGAAGAAUUGAACUAGCUUUCUAG